CGCACAUGAUAGUGACGUAGAACUGUCAUGGCGUCUGCAACAAUGUCAGAAUUUGAAAACAAUAAAAUUGUAAAGAAUUCUGGAACAGAUGCAGAAAGCGAAGUUCCUGUUACUUUAGAUGCUUUUGAUGCUUUAAAUGGAAAUGCUAAUAAUCUUGAAGACGGUGAAAUGUUGCAAGAAUUAGAUUCAGAUCCUACAAAGCAGCAGUUUUCAAACAAUGCGACAGAUCUCGGAAUUCCGAUCACUCUUCAAAACGGCCCCAGUGACAAUGUAAAUGCUGAGUGUGAGGAAAAUGUGAAAGACAAGCGUAUGCCCGAAGAUACCCGGAACAUUGAACACUUUACAUGUGAACAGGUUAAUUCAGCCGAACCAGAAAAAUCAACCGUAAAGUCUCCUGUAGUAUCUACCCCGGAGGACGUCACGAGCGAGAAUUAUGAUGACGACACCGAUUACAUAGAAUCCGCCGGAGAUGAAAGAGUUGCAUGUAUUGAGGAAGAAUACAUUCAGCGUAUUUCUAUGCUAGAACAAAGACACAACGAACUCGAAAACGUCCUGGAGAGGUUAACAACUGCUGUCGAGUGUGGUUUAUCACAACCGAAACAACCAAUAGAAAAAGCUGCCGAUGGCGUGGAAGAGGAUGGAGCAGAUACUGAUGACACUGAGGGAGCCACAGCUGCCACUGAGCCGGAGAAAAGCGGAAUGAACUUUUCACGGGGACUUGUUUUAGACUUAUUUGUGGAAUUUCAGCAUAAAAUCAGAAACUUUGCUGAAGAUUUAAAUGGAGUUUUGAACUGCAGUGAGGCAGCUAUCAGACACGCUAGGGUGGUGCAAGAAUGGGCAACCAGUGUCCAGCUGAUGUUCGAGCAGCUAAAGGAAGAGCGGCAGAAGAUUGUUGAAUAUAUUGAUGAAAGGGAGAGAAACAUGCUGGUAAUAAAGGAACAGUUUAUAGCAGAGUUAGAUGAUCAAGGAAAGACGCUGAAACAGCUUGUAGAGGAUAUGAUGUCACACAACGAGCUGCAGAAAGAAGGGGAGGAGUAUUGUAAAACUAAAGCAGAUACCUCCGGUAAGAGAACUACAGUGGAAAAGAUAGUCGAUCUAUUGUUGAAGAGACGUCUUGAAGAAGACAGGUCUAUCAUCCUAAAUCUAAACAAACAAUCGAAGAUUUCUGAGAUGAAGCUGUUUAUCAUACACCAACAAAGUUGUAUACAACAACUGCAAGAACAAAACAAGGAGCUGAGGGCGAUUAUAGAGGGACUGAUGGGACCUGAUGAUGUAGAAGAAGAGAAUCCAUGUGAUUCUGACCAAUCAGGAACACCUGCAAGCGUCACCAGCCAAGACCAGUGUCUGUUACGUCAGACGCUUGGAAAACAAAACAGUCCAUCUCUUAGCCUCGUUUCCGAUGUUCUAUAUUGUGAUAGGGGAGAGUACUUGCCUGGAAACAGUACGGAUGGUGACGUAGCCACGGUACAAGCAUACGGUAUAGGACGGGAUUGCUAUGAGGUCAGCUCUGGUGAGGAUAUUGUAUUUGACCCACUGUCUGUCAGUUACGUGCGUGACCAGUGCCAGCAAGCCGAAGAAACCGAGAGACAAGCGCAUCUAACAGUACCAAAGGAGGAUAUCAAAGGGACGGUUAUUGACAAUUUGGAAAGUCCUGAAAAAGAAAAGGCCCAGGAAGAAACUGAUGAUGACAGCAAUAAAGAUUUUGGUGGCAUAAAACCAGAUACAGAACAGUGUCAGGAAACUUGUGAAGAAACACCGGAAGAAUCUGUGGAAAUUCGAGCAAGUGAACGCAAUGCAGCAGGCGACGGCGCUGACGUCACAACUGAGAAGGUUGUUUCCCCAAGGAAAGAUGAGCCUGCGACAGAAAAUAAAGAGGAAAUUGCGUAGAGUUAUAAAAUGGACGAUGAACUAUUGAAUUAACAAUAAAAAUCGUGUUGUUGUUUAAAACAGUGCUAUGUUAUGUUUAAAUUUAUUCAGGGAAGUUUUGUCUUUUUAAUGACAUGUUUUUUCUCUCUUUCGAUUGUGAUUGAAAGCUUGUUAAAGUUUGUGUUCGAUAUAAUACUUUGUUAUUAAUUUAAAAUAUUUAUUGUUAAAACUGAUAUCAUUUAUAUUUAAUUUAUGUCCUUUAUUAUUAUUAUCUUGCGAUGUAUCAAAAUGCCCCUGGUGACUGUGAUAGGGACUCUGAUGAUUUU